AUGAGUAAGGUCGGAACUAUCAUUGCUAUUAUAGCAGUCUCCGUUUCACUUGUAAUAUUGUUUUUAAGUUUUGCGAGUGUAAAAAUGGACGUCGAUAUACCACAAGACAAUAAUACUCGUACCGGAUAUCCUGUUUGGCAUCCUCCUUUUCCAGGGCAUUAUGGCGAAGAUCAAGAUGCAACAAUCUUAGCCUCAGUAAUAUUAAUGGCAGUCGGUGGAUAUUUUGCAUAUAAGUGGACAUUGUUUGAUACGAAAACUAACGAAGAGUUGGUAACAUAUUUGGUUGAUAGUGCCUUCAACAAAACUACCUCCAUUUACUUUAAUCAAAUAUUAGCCGCAUACUCAUUAGUUACAUGCAUAACAGGAAUUGCAUACCUCGCAUUUGAUGUUGGUAAACUUUGGGUUACGGUUGGAGUGUUUCAUAAUGGUUUGGAAGUUGUUCUCUUAAUUGCUUUACAUCAAGGAGGAAAAAUCGUUUCGAACAAAUUUUUAGCUUGGAUGAUUCUUUACUUUGUAUCCGCCUUAGGUUUUAGUAUCUUUUUAGAUUGGCCUUAUGACACCGUUUGGUUUAAGAUGCAAGGUCUUUGUCAGGAUUUUGGGUUGGCGAUUACAUUUACGCGCAUAUAUUUUGCCACGCGUAAUGGUUAUGGGGACGAAACUCAUCAGCGUCUUUUUGAUGUAGAAAGUCCAAGAGAACACAACGGUGUUAAAGAAUAUACUUUUGGUUCCGUUACACGUUUCACUCCUAAUUUCGUUCUAUUGUUGGUGUUGGCUUCUUACACUCACAUUUUAGGAAAUGUUUAUGCAACAAUUUUGUAUACUAGAUCUUCUUCGUAUCUCGUACUUUCCUUUACCUAUUGUAUCACUUUCCCUAUCUACUGUUAUUUUGUUUACUUAGAUACUCAUUCGGUUGCGACCCCUCCGUCUCAAAAAUACAUUAUAUUACCUGAUACCAAUAAACCAAAAGUUGUCCUUAUCACUUUAUCUGUCUUAUUCCUUUCCUUCUUAUGCACUAGAUUAUCUUUUUACUAUCAGAAUGCCGAUUAA